CCAAUCAUCGCACACCUCUAGGGAACAUAAAAUUUUGUUCCAUCUCUAGUUAAAGUCGUACAUUUCAUUUUCGAGCAGCAAUCGCUCGCCGGCAGCGGUAAUUGUGGAGCGAUAGAAGAGCCAGCGCCAUGCCCAUUGACAUAGACGCACCACGACCAAGUGCCAAAAGCGAGAACCGAGCGUGAGCGACUGCCAGGAGGAUCAGUACGAGGGUCCGAGUCCGGAGUCCAUCCGCUAGUCAAGAGAGCGAGUGCCAAGCCCAGUUGCAUUUAGUUUGAGUAACAGACCCGAAUCCACAUCGCGAUGGGCAACAAGAACUCGUGCUGCGCGUACUCCAGUCCGCAGUCGGACCGCAAGUCCAAGGACAUGCCGCCCGUCUUCGAGGAGCGCCACCAGCUGAGCCAUCCGCCGCACACGUCGCAGCACCAGCUGGACGGCAGCCACGGCUCGACGUCGGCGGUGUACCUGCACCACCACCACCACGGCCACCACCAGCAGCAGAGCCAGCAGGGCGGCGGCGGAGGCGACAACUUCGAGAACCAGCAGAACCUGCAGCACAUCUCCGAGCGGGAGGCGCUGGAGGGCGAGGAGGACCCCUCGGUGGACCCCACGGCGGCCACCAUGUUCCUGGAGCGGUCCAAGGUGGAGAACGGCGGCAUGACGCGCAAGCGGUCGCAGCAGCAGAUCGCCCAGCAGGCGGGAAGCGGCGGUGGCGGCGGCGGAGGAGGAGGCGGCAGCACUCCGGGCGGAAACAGCUGCGGCGGAGGCGGCGGCAUGAAGAAGAGCUCUUCCUGCUCGACGAUCUAUCUCGACGACAGCACCGUGUCGCAGCCGAAUCUGAAGAACACGGUCAAGUGCGUCUCGCUGGCCAUUUACUAUCACAUCAAGAACAGGCAAUCGGACCGGAGGCUGGACAUCUUCGACGAGAAGCUGCAUCCGCUCACCCACGACCAGGUGCCCGACAACUACGACACGCACAACCCGGAGCACCGGCAGAUCUACAAGUUCGUGCGCACGCUCUUCAACGCCGCCCAGCUGACCGCCGAGUGCGCGAUUAUCACGCUAGUCUACCUGGAGCGGCUGCUCACUUACGCCGAGCUCGACGUGGGUCCCUGCAACUGGAAGCGCAUGGUGUUGGGUGCCAUCCUGCUCGCGUCGAAGGUGUGGGACGACCAGGCCGUUUGGAACGUGGAUUACUGCCAGAUACUCAAAGACAUCACCGUGGAGGACAUGAACGAGCUGGAGCGGCAGUUCCUCGAGCUGCUGCAGUUCAACAUCAACGUGCCGUCCUCGGUGUACGCCAAAUACUACUUCGACCUGAGGACGCUCGCCGAGGCGAACGAGCUCAACUUCCCCACGGAGCCGCUGUCGAAGGAGCGGGCCCAGAAGCUGGAGGCCAUGUCGCGGGUGAUGCAGGACAAGGUCACCGCCGAGGCGCUCAAGAACGGGAUCAAGAAGUGGUCCUCCAUGGACAACAUUAGUCAGGGCGGGCCGCGGCGCAGCGUGGCCAUACUAUCGUGAUUUAUAUUAGCUUACUAAGCCGGAUCAACCAUCAGCAGCAAGGAGUCGAGAUGUCUGUACUCUAUAGUCCGAUCGAUCGUUAUUCGAGAACCGUAGCUCCCCUCUUCCUCUCCGUCUUUAUCCCGUUCAGAAAACAGUUUCCUAGGCCAUCCGGUAGGGCAAACUUGCGGGAGGGUUUUUAGCCAGCACCUUGAAAGGGACACUAACGCCCACACCCACACCCAAUUGCGUGCAGAAUCACACUCUUAUAUAUACACAAAGAAAGAAAGAAAGUUUUAACCACACGUCUCGAAUUAAGGACCACUUUUUACAUAUACAUGCGAACGAUGUAUAUUCUUGUAAGCGAAACUACCGAUGCAGUCAAGGAUUUGGAUGAUUUUAACAGAGAUACAGAAGUACUACAGCAACGCGUAACCAAUUGCCAAAAGAUAAAUCACAGAAACAGUAGAGAAUUGUUUGUAAAAAGGCUUAAAUAUUGUAAUUGACUCGGCCGCCCUGCUGGCUGGCAUCUAAUCAAUUUAAUCUCAACGCUCGGCCCCGGCUGAGAAGUCGUCAUUUACUUAGCGUCCGCGCCCAGAACAUUUCCCUGUACAUUUGUUACGAAUUUAAUUUGUUUACGUUGCCCCAUUUUCUUAAUAUUCUAAUAUGAUUUCGUGUGAUUCUUUAAGUUUCCAUUUAGCUUUAUACGAUGAGCGAUAUAUUCGGCUAUUCGGCUUCCCCGCAUCAGGCUUAAGGCACAAAAAAUAAGGGGGCGCGGCCCGCGGCAAUUUGUUUUUUGGUUCUUAGCAUUAGAAAACAAACAAAUGAUGAGCAAGAUAUGAAGAGCACAGCGCAAUAUUAACCCAAAAGAUUUGUGAGUAAAUUAAUGUACUAGACAUAUAAGGAUACGAAUUAUAUGCAAAAUGUAUUUUAUUUUGUAAUUUAUUUUACGAUAAAGCUAAAUAAAAGCAAAUCAAAGAGA